GGGAUGAUGGAUAUAUUUGCCGUCAUGGCACAAAUUAACGAACAACUAGGAGCAGCUCAAGACUUAGAUUCAUGCUUAAAAGUGGUUGUCGGCGUUAUUAAGGACCUUACACAAUUCCAUCGCGUGUUGGUGUACCAGUUUGAUGAAGUAUGGAAUGGACAAGUCACGGCAGAACUUGUGGACUGGAGUCAAACGCAUGACUUGUAUAAAGGGCUCCACUUUCCUGCUUCAGAUAUACCUGCACAGGCUCGAGACUUGUAUGCCAUCAAUACUGUCCGUAUGUUGUAUAACCGAUCACAACCCACGGCUCGUAUUGUGGUACGAAAUGCUGCUGAUUUGGAAUCUCCUUUGAACAUGACCCAUUGUUAUCUUCGUGCUAUGAGCCCUAUCCACAUAAAAUAUCUUGAGAAUAUGGGCGUGCGAGCAUCCAUGUCGGUGUCUAUCAUGGCGUUUGGAGUAUUGUGGGGUCUGGUCUCCUGUCAUUCGUAUGGAGCGCAUGGUAUGCGAGUCUCCUUUCCCGUACGACAAAUGUUACGACUGCUUAGUCAAUCCAUUUCGCGCAACAUUGAGCGUCUUAGUUAUGCACGGCGGUUGCACACACGUAAAUUAAUCAACACUAUGGCUUCUGACAACCAUCCGACUGGUUAUAUCGUUUCCAAUGCAGAUGACCUUCUUAGUCUAUUCGACGCGGAUUACGGAAUCCUUGUUAUAGGAGAAGGUGCGAAGAUAUUAGGGCCCAACCUUCAUGGCCAAGAAAUACUCGUAAUGGCAGAAUACCUUCGUCUCAAACAAUUUAACACGAUACAAGUUUCUCAAGCAGUGGUCAAGGAUUUUCCGGAUCUUCAACUUUCAACCGGUUUAGAAGUCAUUGCAGGAUUGCUCUACGUGCCAUUGUCAGCCGGCGGGAAGGACUUCAUUGCGAUGCUCCGCAAAGGACAGCCUCGCGAUGUUCGGUGGGCAGGCAGGCCCACUGGCAUGACUAAAAGUUUGGAGCCUCGGAAAUCAUUCAAAACAUGGUCAGAAACUGUUGCCGGACGGUGUCGUGCCUGGACGGAUGAACAGCUAGAGACUGCUGGUGUACUUGCUCUCGUGUAUGGAAAGUUCAUCGCUGUCUGGCGUCAGAAGGAGUCUGCCCUACACACGACUAGUCUGACCAACAUACUACUGUCAAAUGCUAGUCACGAAGUCCGAACCCCUUUAAACCAUAUCAUAAAUUAUUUGGAGAUGGCUCUGAAUGGUCCAUUGGAUCUUGAGACGAGAGACAAUCUCUCUCGUUCUCAUGCUGCAUCAAAGAACUUGCUUUUCACUAUCAAUGACUUACUGGACCUGACUCGAUUAGAAAGUGGUCAUGAAACAUCAUUCAACGAACCAUUUAACCUGCAAGCCGCUAUUGAAGAGGCCACUCGGAUCUACAGUCACGAAGCUGCUCGCAGGAAUAUCGAUUUCAAGCUUGAGGCAGAAGGCGGACCGAAGCAAGUGGUGGGUGAUGCGAAGAAAAUUAAAACUGUGGUGGCUAACUUGACAGCCAACGCAUUGAAAUAUACUUCAGAAGGUUCAAUCACGGUUCAUUACCAUCUUUACAAUAAACACGAAGGUCUCCAAGGUGCAGCACAAAAAGGGGUGGAGAUCGUGGUAGCUGACACGGGUUGCGGUAUUGCGAAUGAGAAGCUUGAGAGUAUUUUCCGUGAAUUCGAACAAGUCGAGUCAUCAGAGCCGAGAAUUCCUGGAACCCCUGGUGUUGGUCUUGGCCUUGCGGUGGUCGCAAGAAUUGUAGAACAGCUAGGAGGUCAACUACGUGUUGACUCAAAGGUCGAUAUUGGCAGCCGAUUCUCUUUCCUUAUCCCGCUGGAAUUGGCGAAAAGCUCGCAUUCUGGUAAUUCAGGAAGCUCUUCAGGGAGAUCGCGUUCCGUGAAAUCCCUUCCCAAAUCUUCCCAGUCAGAUAGUAUCCGGUCUAAAGCAGAAGAAAUUAAUAUAUUGGUCGAAGCCUUAUCAUCAAGCCAUAUGGCACCAGGCUGGAACAACCAAUCCUCUCUGGAUAUCGUUAAGAGAUCUUCACGGAAUAUUGCUUCCCUAAAGAUGGAAACCAAGGUUGAUGUUCCUGGUCCAAAUACUUUAUCCGAUUUUGAGGUCUCCAAGCACCCUGUAUCACCAGAGGCUGCAUCUCCCUCAUUCGAUUUCGUUGGCGGAGCCAGCAACACAUUAACCCAGUUGCGUAUUUUGAUCGUAGAGGAUAACGAUGUUAAUCGGAAGAUACUUGGAAAACGGCUGUCCAUGGAUGGGCAUAUAAUCGUCAAUUCCACCAACGGUCAAGAAGGUCUGCAAUUGGUUGAAGCGGACAGGGAUUUUGAUUGCAUUCUGAUGGAUAUUCAAAUGCCUAUACUCAACGGAUUCGAGGCUACGGAACGAAUUCGGCAACUUGAGGAAGCAGCAACUCUUGAUCCUAGUCCCACUCCUGCCCAUCGAAUUUCUUAUCAGCUGAACGGACGCGUACCGAUUUUUGCUGUCUCUACUUCUCUGCGGGAGCAGCAACGAAGCGAACUUAUAGGGUAUGGCAUGGAUGGCUGGAUCCUGAAACCAAUCGACUUUAAACGACUCAAAAUCAUUUUACAAGGCAUUGUUGACCCAUCGCAACGCGAUCGCGAUGUCUACAAACCAGGUUGUAGCUGGGAGGCCGGGGGUUGGUUCACCAAAUCUCACAAAAACAAUCGCGGUAUCGUGGAUAAGCAAGUGCAACAUCCUUGACCUCCAGUUUCAUGCUUGCGUCCUCGUGCUCCCUCUAUUAUCUUAUCUUAUCCCAUAUACGCUUUUUUUUAGUUUUCGUAAGGCUAAUACCUCACUCAGUUUUGUCAGCAUCGCAUCAUGAUCAUCAGUGUCUGCGUCUGUUUCAAGCGACCCUAUAAACACUCAUCGCACAAUUUUUUAUCUCCCUUUUGUACUGAUAUGUCAAGACACACACGAAUACUUGUACAGUUUACUAUACUUACACUUCUCUACAUGUUAUCAAUUGGGUUCUCUGCAGGUGAUUU